AUGAGCCUCCGCCUGCCUAAUAGAAGGUCCAACUUCGUCACCAUUAUCAGCGCCUGCGCCCCAACAAUGACCGGCUCAGACGAGAUGAAGUCCAAGUUCUGCGAAGACCUGCUCAACCUCCUGGAGUCUGUGCCUAGGGCGAAUAAGUCAAAUGUCCUUGUUGACUUCAAUGCCCUCGUUGGGACUAACUGUAUUUCCUGGAGGCGAGAUCUGGGUCCUCGCGGAAUCGCCGGCUACCACGGCGAACCAAAGAACCAGCGCUGA